AUGGAUGCUCCACGAGACUGUGGCCAGGGAGAUAUUCAAUCAACUCGGCAACCCACAGGUAGAUCUAUUUGCCUCAACACUACCAGGGACCCAGCACUACUACCCCAAGCCCAACAAACUGAGGCUCACACUGUGGCCCAUUACACGGCAGCAGCAAUCAAGGCUGGACUCUCUGAACGGGCUGCCAAUUUCUCAGCAGAAUGUUUACGGUCUUCCACACGAUCAACCUACGACUCUAGACUCAGUCACUAUGUUAGAUGGUGUCGGCAGGCUAAGACUAAUCCAUGCAAGGCAUCUGUAGGUGAGAUUGCUGAUUUUUUUAUAUCUUUGUAUGACAAGAAUUUGGCAUGUAAUACUAUUCGGGGUUACAGGUCUGCCAUAGCUGUUCUACACGAAGGCUUUGGCAAUGGUGAAUCUGUUUCCUCGUCUAUUUUUCUGUCACGGUUAUUAAAGUCCUUCUUUCUUAACAGACCCAGUAGAAGGCUUCUUGAUCCUGCUUGGAGCCUUCCCCAGGUGUUAGUCUCCCUCAGUCAGCCCCCUUUUGAGCCAAUGCAUAAUGCAUCUUUGCGAGAUUUAACCAUAAAAACUGUUUUCCUUCUGGCAGCGGCUUCUGGUCAGAGGCGUAGCUCUAUCCAUGCUCUUACCACAGCUCCUGGGCAUAUUCGUUGGGAGAAAAACAAGAUUAGACUUAUUCCUCAUGGCCGUUUUUCUUGCUAA